AUGUCGCCCAGCAACGGAAAGUACGUCGUCUUCGAUAUCGUUGGGACCUGCGUCUCAUAUGACAAGCUUAUCGAAGCAGUCGAAAAGCAACUUGGUGACAAGCUGCUGGCCGAAAAUAUAAAGCCCAGUCUUCUCGUGAACAUUUGGAUAGAAGCCAGCGAGCGCGAGUACACGUACCUGUCGAUCACUCAAAGAUACAUCGCAUUCGAUAAGCUUUUCGCGUCUCUCUUUUAUCGCAUGCUCUGGCUCGCCGGAAUCGAGGAACCACGCUCCUUCGCAAGUGAUGCUGAUAUUGAGAAGAUUACGCAAGGCUACAUGGAGCUUGAGCCAAGACCUGACCUCAAGGAGUGUUUCGAUAAGCUUCGAGCUGCGGGAUUCACGGUGCGUGGUUUGACAGCUGGGGACUUCGACAGAGUGCUUGGGUACUUCGAUAAGGCGGGCAUCGAAUUCCCGAAGGAGCACCUGAUGUCCUGUGACUCAUUUGGAGUGGGUAAGCCGGACCUCGAGGCAUAUGCAUCGACUUUUGAGGAGUUGAAGGGAGCAAAGGAGCUUUGGUUCGCUGCGGCCCAUAUGUGGGACGUGAGCGCAGCUAAGCAAGUCGGAUUCAAGAGUGCUUAUUGUUCUGUCCUGGAAAAAGAGCCCUGUGUUGACAUCUUUGGGGAGAUGGAUGUUAUGUCGGAUACUCUGAGCCAACCGCAGAGAGCCUUACGCAUUCUUCAACGUCGACGUUUGCGUCGCGUCGAGGAAGGCGUAUCCAACGGCACCAGUUUGGCCUUCGAUACAAAGUAA